GUCCCAGGACUGCCUUCGUCAAACAACUUCGCGUGUUUUCCUGCGUGUUUUCUUGCACUCUGCAUUCUAGCAAAGAGCAAGAAUCGGAUUGCAAAAGUACCUUACAAUGCAGCGCCAUCUGGCGCACAGGCUUCUCGUAGCGGCAGCUGCAGCGCCGGGCUGCACAAGCCAAGCCUCGUCGCUGGCGGGGGGCCGCGUAUCCGGGGCCGUCUCCACAUUACCCAACUCGUCCCCGCUGCAAUCCGCGUCAUCUGCCCGGCUUGGUAACAACGCUCUUGCGGAUGUACACACAGAAGCACCGCUGCAUGGUGACGCGCGGUCUCUACCCGCCGGGACUGCCACGCCUUCCAACAGUAUCAGCUGCGCAACCAGCUUGCCGGUGUCACACCAGCUGCAAUCACGCACAUGUUUGAAGCCGCAAGUCCUUGGACGCAGGCUGUACAGUAAGAGCACCAUGGGUGAAGCAGCUGCCGAUGAGGGCUGGGCGUCUGCGUGCAUGUCCGCGGCGGCGGCAGCAUUAGCAGCCGCGGCAGUCGCAGGCUCGGCUGCGCUCGGCAGUAGCUCACCAGCCAUCGUACCGGGCAGCUACGGGGGUGGCGCUCGCGGGGGCGGGGCUGAGGAGGCAUAUGGUGCGGGUUGGCAGCACAUGACAUGGUCGCAAUGCCUCGCUCUUCAGAACGAGCGCCCUGCCAGCCCCAGCAGCAGUGGCGGUCGUUCUGACAGUAGCAGCAGCGGCAGCGGCAGUAGCACCGACACACAAGCAAGGGCCCCGGCUGGCGGCAAGGGCUCGGGCUCAGGCCCUGCAUACUCGGAGGGAUCUGCCUAUGCGGUGUAUGACGCGCGAGGAGAGCCAUCAAGCUGGGAGGCGCUGCUCUACAGCCUGCCUGCCUCCUCCAUCGUGCUGCUGGGGGAGUACCACGACGACCCCGUAGCGCACGCCCUGCAGCUGCGGCUGCUGAGGCACACCCUGCAGCAGCAGGGGGCGGAGCAGGCGGAGGGGACGGAACGGCCGCAGGAGGCGGGAGGGCCGCAGGAGGGAGGGAUGCUGGGGCAGGGUGCGCCGAGCGGCACUGCGGGCGCCGCCGGCAGCAGUGCCGCGACUGGACAAAAGCUGCAGAGGCAGCUGCGGCGGCCGGUGGCUCUCAGUCUGGAGAUGUUUGAGGCGGACGUGCAACACGUGAUGGACGAGUUCCUGGCGGGGGCCAUUCGGGAGGCAGACCUUGUCAAGGACGGGAGGCCCUGGCCCAACUAUCAGUCCGACUACCGGCCACUGGUCAUGGCCGCAAAGGAGGCGGGGGCGCCCGUGGUGUGUGCCAACGCGCCUCGCAGGUACGUGAGUCUGGUGGGCCGGUCCGGCGCCGCCGCCCUGGAGGCACUGCCGCCGGCCUCGCGCCGCCACCUGCCACCGCUGCCGCUGCGUCCCGCCUCAAACACCUAUGCGGCAAAGAUUCAGUGGACCAUGCAGAGAGCGCGCCAGGCUUCAGCAGCGGAGGGAGAGACCGGGGGCGCAGAUGACGACGGCGAGGAGCGCGCGGCCCCUGUGGCGGCACCUGCAGCUGCUGCGGCGGCGGCUCCAGCUGCCGGCACGGCUGCGAAGCCGACGUCGCCACCCGCCGCCACUGCGGCAUCCCCUUCGCCGUCCACCCCCACCUCUGUGCCAGCCACCAACCCCACCACCUCCUCCACAUCUUCCUCAGCUGGCGGCGGCGGGGAGUGCCCCUACAGCGGCAUGAGUCUGGGCCGCACACGGUUCGUGGAGGCCCAGAACCUGUGGGACGCGUCCAUGGCGCACGCCAUUGCGGCGGCGCUGCAGGCGCUGCCCCCCGGAGGCCUGGUGGUGCACGUGUGCGGCAAGUUCCAUUCGGAGCAGCGGCUGGGCAUCUGUGAGCACCUGAACUACAUCUGGGGCGGUGGCGCCGGCGCUCCAGCUGUCAGCAGCGUUUCCUCGUCACCCACGCCCACACUAGCAGCGACGGCCGUCACCUCCCAGCAGCCCGAACCCACAGACCCGUCCGCAGUAGUCGGACAGUUUCAGCCGCAGCAGCCGGACGCAGGCCAGCCGGCGACGCCGCGGGUUUGUGUGGUGACAUUCGUGCCGUCGGGGCGCGGCGUGUCGGUGCCGGCGGAGACGCUGCGGGGCGCGGGGCUGCACACGUACGGUGAUUGGCUGGUGCUCACUGAUGCGCGGCUGCCAAGGUCGUUCGAGAGCGAGCACCCCGUGUGAUACCGGUACGGUAACGCUGAGGCAGUGAGAGGAUUUUGCGAGCGAGGGAGGGUAAGGGAGCACGGCGCGUAUGGGGUUUUGGAGGAGCGGGGAUGCGGUCUGGAUGCAAAUUGAACCGCAACGUACGCACGACGUCGAGAUGUCGAGGUAUCCGUGAACGGGUGGAGGGCGUGGCCGAAGGUAGGUUGAGGCGUAUCCAGCAUGGAUCUGCAGGUUGCGCGAGCGCAUGUAAAACAGAGUUCCUGCUUCUAUGCACACAAUAACGUUGAAGGGCCAAACCCUGAAUGCCAGGAGCAGGCUGCACGGGAGUCCUCGAGCUGGUGCGAGUUGGUGAACGCUACAUAGUAAGUGCUAUAACGGAAACGGGCUUGAAUGCUAAUUGAGU